AUGAAAAGAAUUGACCGGAUCAUCUCAAGUGCUUUGAAGAAAAAAAAACUCCCGCAGUGUACAGACAAGAAGGAGGAUGAAACUUUGUUAACAAUGGCACCAGUAAACAGGGAUGACACUGAGGGAACUGAUGAUGUGACAACGCCAGCUGCUUUUUUGAAUCCUGCAACUGCAUUGACGCUAUCUCAUAUGCCAGAACAAGUUCUAUCGCAAAUUGAUGUUGUGGAUUCGCCAAAAGCUCCGUUGUAUUCACCGUUGACGCCUUUAGGCGUAGAAGCGUCAAGGCAUAUACACGAGUGCAAAGGUUGUGCAAAAAAUCCAUCACCUUUGCCUGCUAUGUCUCCAAGCACUUUAGAGCUAGUUGAAACUUUGAGUGGAAUAUUUCCAGGGGAUUAUAGUAGUGAUACGGACACUGAUUAUGUGCCUGAUAGUGAAGAAGAUUCAGAUAGUAGCCAUUCAAUUAGAGUAAAGAAAAAUAAUGACAUCAAUAUUAUUUCGGCAAAAUGUUGUAUACCGGAUAGUGAUGAUGAUUUCGAAGCUGGUGUUUCAACAGGAACUGUACAAACUCAUGCUGCUGUGGUGCAUAAUUUGGUAAAUCAGGACUUCGAAAUAAGAAACGAAACAUCAAGUACAACUUUUCAUGUUAUUCGUGGUGAUGAAACGUUGGAUCAAAUUACCAAUUUUGAAGUUCAAAAUAAUGACGAUUAUCUGAUCUUAGAAACACAAAGUGAACCACAGGCAUGUCGUCCCAAAAAAGGACGUAAAAGAAAACACCCAGAGCAUACUAUGGCACAGAAAAAGAACGUUAAAUAUGCCAAUUUACCUUAUCAUGGAAAAAAUAAACUAAUGCCGUCUAAAAACUUUAUAGACUAUACGUGUAAAUGCACUAGGCAAUGUUAUUUCCGCGUUUCAGAAGAAAAUAGGAAAGAAGAGUUCGAAAAAUAUGUUUUAUUAGGCUCAUAUGAAGCGCAACUGCUUUAUAUUUUAAAUAACGUCAAAGAAAGCCCUAAAUCUAGAUCAUACACCUUGAUAAAUAAUAAAUCUGGUAAAAAGAAAGCAAGACAAUACCGAAGAAAUUAUUUUAUAUGUGACAUAGAAGUGUGCAAAGAUAUGUUCACACAUAAUUUUCAAAUUUCUUCUAAGAAAGUCGAUAUUUCCUUACUGAAAAAACGAUCUGGUACCGCUUUGAAAGACAAUAGAGGCAAAGCUCAAGGUGGCUGGAAUAAGACGCCACAAGAGGAUGUCGAGUUCAUUAAAAAUAUAAUAAAUUCCUUGCCUAAAUAUGAGUCCCACUAUAGGAGAGAAAACAGCGACAGUAAAUAUUUAAAACCGGGCACGACUAUCGAAAAAAUUCAUGAAAUUUAUAAAGAUGAAUUAAAAACUGUUUACGGUACAUUAAAAAGACCUGUUUCUAUAAAUACUUUCAAACGUAUAUUUUAUAGUAAUUUUAAUUUGCGAUGUAAGCCAUUAAAAAAAGAUACGUGCAACAAGUGUGAUUCGCUAAGAAAUAAAAUAAAAAAUUGUUCAUCCGAAGAAAAGACAAUAUUAGUUGCAGAAAAAGAAGAGCAUCUAAAACGAGCUGAAGAACUGAGAAUUCAAAUGAAUCAAGAUCUGCAAAGAGCUAAAAUUGACGAGAAAUUUGAGUGUCUCACGUAUGACCUAGAAAAAACGCUUCCUCUUCCCCGGAUACCCACAAAUAUAGUUUUUUACAAGCGCCAGCUUUGGCUUUACAAUAGUGGUAUUCAUGCCGGUUCAAACGACGUAGGUUACUGUAACAUUUGGGUUGAAGGAGAAGCAGGAAGAGGAGCACAAGAGGUAGGGUCGUGCCUCGUACGGUUCAUUAAAAACGAUCUCAGCCAUGAAGUGGAAGAUCUUGUGUUGUGGAGCGAUUGCUGUGGGGGACAGAAUCGUAACAUAAAAAUUAUUUUAAUGCUGAAAGCAGUAUUGGAUUCUCAUCCGAGACUAAAAACAAUAACACUAAAAUAUUUAGAGUCAGGGCAUACAUUUCUUCCCAAUGACACCGAUUUUUCUAAAAUAGAAUACCAAUUAAAAUAUCACCAAAGAAUAUACACCCCCGAUCAAUACAUUAACGUGAUUAAGAGCUGCAAGAAAAAAAAUCCACUGAAGGUUUAUAGGAUGCAAAGAAAUGAUUUCUUUUCUACCAGCAAAAUGGAGAAGAAAAUUGUCAACAGAAAAACUUUCGUUACAAAAGCUAAAGUUAACUGGUUAAGGACAAAAAAAAUACUCUUGAAAAGAGAUGAAAAGUAUACAAUCUACAUGGAAAAUACUGAUGGAAUGUUUGAAGAGCUAAACAUUGAAAAGAGAUUAAGAGGAAAACGAUUAGAAAUAUCGGAAGAGGACUUAGUGUUGCUGUGGCCGAAUGGGAAAGAAAUUGCUCAAGCAAAACUGGACGACUUGAAAUCUAUCUUUGACUUUAUUCCCAAAGAUUGUUUAGAUUUCUAUAAAACUCUAAAGGGGAACGAUAAUAUUACUGAAGAUGUCGAUGGCUUCGAUUGUGUUACUGAUUUUGAGCUGCUUAUAGAGCAGACAGAGCAGACGGAGCAGGAUGACCAGGAAGACUUAUUGCAAGAUAUAGUGUAA